CCUAUAAUAUUACGACUCUGGACCAUAGUCACACGACUUCUAUCUAUUCAAAAAUACUCUUCAAGCAAACACCCCGAAAGAUACAUACCAAUCAUGUCUGAGCUAUACAAGGGUCAAGACCUCAUGGACAUUGCCAAACAAGCGGAACGCGAUCUCGCGUCGGCCAAAUCCAAGCACGGUGCCCAAGACAGUGGGUUUGGAGGCAAAACAGUCUCUGGAGGAAGCGUCAGCACAACCGAGUCUGGCAUCGAUCAAUCAGUAACCAAUAAAUUCCCCGGCAGCACCGCCGAGUACGGCCGCAAAGUCUCCGGUGCCGGGGACAACAGAGAAAUCCCGGUCGAGGAGGGCGGUGGCAUCCAGAAAGGCACGGGGCGGCCGACCAAAGCUGGCGACUUUGAGAAGGGCGCCGCCGGUGAGGGGCCCGAAGAUGUCAGCAGGAAAUAUGCUGAAGAGUACGGUGGCAAUGAUGAUGCGAGGAGUAAUGUCAAGAACGCCACAGCAUGAGCGGGCUCCGGACUGCAGUGUAUGUUUGCAUUCAGGCCAGGAUUUG